UCCAGGCUCAAAGCGUCAGUCCACCAGCUGAAGACUCAGUCAGACUGGUGAAUGGGACCACUUCCUGUUCUGGGACAGUGGAAGUCUUCUAUGAAGGAGAGUGGUUGGGUCUAUGUUCUAGUUGGUUGUGGGACAUGAUGAGAGAUACUAAUGUUGUGUGUAGAGAGCUGGACUGUGGGAAUCCUGUAGCUGAAUCUGGAGGACCUCUGAUUGAAGAUGGAAGAAGAGGAGUCAGACUAUUGAGAUGUAGUGGACAUGAGUCUUCUAUUAGACAGUGUAACAUCAUAGGAGGACCUGGUUUCUGUUUUGGUGAAUAUUAUCAUCAUGUGAUCUGUUCAGAGUCUGUGCGGCUUGUGGAUGGAGCUGGUCUCUGCUCUGGGAGAGUGGAGGUGAAGUCCAAUCAGUCCUGGGCCUCAGUGUGUGAAGCUGACUUUGACCGGCAGGAUGCAGAGGUAGUCUGUAGGGAUGUUGGCUGUGGGGCUCCUGCAGCUCUACAGGGGGGGGGCUCUAUGGAGAAGGUGAGGGUCAGACCUGGGAUAAAGAGUUCCAGUGUAAAGGCAAAGAGUCCCUUCUCCUGGACUGUGACACCUCAGACAGAGAGAACAACACCUGCCUACCUGGUAAUGCUGUUGGACUCACCUGCUCAGAGCCUGAUGAUGUGAGGCUGGUGGGAGGAGGCAGUCGCUGUGCUGGUAGAGUGGAGUGGUACGACCAGGGAGAGUGGAGGACUGUGGGAGCUGAGGACGAGGACCAGGAGAAUGUAGCUGCAGUAGUGUGUAGACAGUUGGGUUGUGGUUCCACUGUUUCAGCACUACCUGGAUACACCACUAGAGGGUUUGGAGUUUUCUGUGAUGGGGAUGAGUCUUCACUGAGGAAGUGUAGAAGAUCGUAUGAUCUCCGUCCUGGACUCACAGUGAUCUGCUCAGGUCAUAACAAUAGAUUAUAAUUACAUUCAACUGAUUUCCUUCAUUCAUACAACUUCCUCUGCACCUCUCAUGAUGACUGUUUAACUUGUCAGUCUGCUUUACUAAAUAGAUCACUCAGUCAAGUAGAAAUCAAAUACAACUUAAAUAUCCCAGAAU